CAAGCACAAAUCGGAUAUCUCUAGACAGAAUGGGCCGCGAUUGUAAGAAUCUGUUCCUCACGAAGAAACAGCAGAAACUGUGCAAUAGAGAUGACGGGAUGGUUCUGGUUCUAUUAGAUGCUUUUCGUCUCAGCCUAACAGAGUGCAGACAACAAUUCAAACAUGAAAGAUGGAAUUGCAGUAUGACAAAUGAUGCACAAAGACUCAACAUUGUAAAAGAAGGUAUGAAGGAGACAGCGUUCCUCUCCGCGAUCAGCUCAGCGGGACUCGUCCACGCCAUCGCCCAGGGCUGCAGUCGUGGGACGCUAGAUCGAUGCUCGUGUGACGAUGUCAGCUUCAGCGCCGAGGCCAACCGGGAAGCAUGGAAAUGGGGAGGGUGUGGGGAUAACCUCAAGUACAGCCAAAGGUUCCUCAAAGACUUCUUAAAGAACAGAUCGAGUGGAAGUAGAGAUCUUAGAAGUAAGAUGGAGAGACACAACAGUGACCUUGGAAUAAGGACCGUUCGAAGACGGGUUGACAAGGUCUGCAAAUGUCACGGCAUCUCAGGGGCAUGCACCACUCAGACGUGUUGGAAACAGCUCGGUCCUUUCCAUAGCAUCGGUGUAGAUCUCAAAGAGAAAUACGAACGAAGUGUUCAGGUCAUCCUUGCGAACCGUGCCGACGGUGAAAACGAGCUCGUACGCAGACGACAGCCGCGUCCCGAGGAAAAGAUAUACCCCGACUCGCUCACGUCGCCGACGUCGCCGGGGCCAGGCGAUCUCGUUUUCGAGAGAGAGUCGCCGGAUUUUUGCACGCCGAGUAAAUAUUCUGAGGGGACUGGGGGACGAACUUGCGAUAAGAUUAGGACCUGUAAUAGCCUCUGCUGUGGACGAGGAUACAAUAUUCGGAGUGUCAUGGUGACACGCGCGUGUCAGUGCAGAUUCCAUUGGUGCUGUGACGUCAUUUGUCAACGCUGCACGACGCGUGAGGAGAUACAUCUUUGCAGAGCGUAAACGAGAGAGCAGUAGACCUUUAAAAGACUGGAUGGCCAGGAAUGUGUCCGGAAGACAACGCAUCGAAAAAGGUGCCAUUUGGAGACCAAAGUUGGAGAUGUUAAAUGCAUUGAUUUCAUGGAAUUUUCUACAGAUUUAAAUGGAGUGAAAAACGAAUUUGAUGACAUCGGGGUCUCGAAAUGAUGUGAACUAAAAGCUGACGUACUUCGUUCAUUUAGAAAAUCAAAUUGGUUAAAAGACACAUGAACUGUCGCACGAUUUGAUGUAC